GUGGGGGAGCUUUUUGUGAGAAAAGCGAACGAGCGAGAGAGAAACCGAGUGAGGAGAGCGAGAGAAGCGGAAAACGAGCAAGACUGAGUGAGUGACGGGAACGGUUACGGGCUAUGGAUUGCUUGCCAUGCCUGAGUCUUCAUUGGCUGCCGUCCGGUCCGCCGCCUUCCCCGCUUUCGCUCUUCUUCGCGAUGCGAAACUUUCGACGCGACACUGACGAACCCCCAAGAUUUCCCCUCUAACCCAGUAAGGACCCCUAAUUUUUCCUUUUCUUUUCUAAUCACUAAUAUGGACGCCCACAUACUCUAGAGAUUAAACCUUAGUCUACGGAGUAUAUCUAGCCUUCUCAAUCCAGCGUCGUUCGCGCUAAUGGUGAGCGUUAACACCCCGCUAAGAUGUCAUCCCCCUCCGAGGGGAUUUUAAGUCCCACAAUAUCGACAGACUUCACUGUACAUCAGCAGAUAGGGGAAACCUUAUCUGCUAGACUCGAUCGAUAUACAUCCAGUGAUGUGUCUGAUAAGACAGUACAUUUUCUCCGAACUUUCUUCCGUUGCCUAUCUCUAGAUGGUAAAUCAAACCUGGUCGAAGAUGUCGACUCGUGUGAAACAGAUGAAGAUUUGCGCAAGUUAUGGAGGCAUAUCGAUACUGGAAUCAUGAUCCCAAUGCUUGCCAACGGAGGAAAGACACCAUGUGUAAGCCCAUCCCCUCGACUGGGGUACCAAUCAUCAUUUGAAAACAUCUUCGCUGAAAAUUUUGAUCCUGUCACCCGGAGUGACCAAUCUGCGCUGCGGGAUGCCUGUUUAGCCCGUGACAAUUACCAAUGCGUAAUAUCUAAAGUCUAUGACCCUAAGAACCGCCCUUUGAAUAAUACAAACUAUGCACCCUUACAAGCUGCAUAUAUAAUACCUUUUUCCAUGGGAACUUAUCGCCAAGAUGAAGAAGAGCUUGAGAUGUGCAAGGUAUGGAUGACUUUAUACCGGUAUUUUCCGGAACUCAGAUCUCGCCUGAAUCAUCACUCGUCAGACGUUAACAGCGUUGAAAACGCGAUGAUGUUACUAAGUCCCCUCCACGCAGAGUUCGGGGCAUUUCACUUCAUAUUCGAGAAAACGAAUACGGUAAAUAAAUACAGGCUGAAGACCUUUCGGGGGUUCUCAGGCGCCUACACGCCCUAUUUGCCUACCACUAGAGUGGUAAAUUUUACCUCCCAUGAUCCCAGGUAUGCUCUCCCCGACGUUCUCCUCCUCGGUGUUCACGCCGCGAUCGGCAACUUUUUAAACGCAAGUGGGAGAGGAGAGCAAAUAGAGAAGAUGGUACGCGAUAUGCGAUCCGGGGGGUCUGGACUGGCCAGUGAUGGCUCAACAGACAUCGAACUAUUGCUUUCUGCCUACAAUCUCAGAACGCCCACCUGGUGAGAGGGCAGCGGCAAAUCUAGGCGGCGUCAGAAGUUGCCAGCGCCUGGCACCGAAAACAAGCCAUUUACGCCUGGGAUUUGGGGAACGGUUCGCGGAAGAUUGAGGUGCCGGCGGUUUUUGUGUCGGGGAAGUUGGAUUGGGGGAUUUAUCAGGAGCCUGGGGCUUUAGAUAAGAUAGUGGAUGGGGUUGGACAUUGGGCGCCUCAUGAAUGUCCGGAGAUUGUGGUGGAGGUUAUUC